UAAUUUUCUGUCAUUAGAGCAUUAGCGGGAUAUGGCAUCUGAAAAUAAAUUAGCUUCCUAUUACUCGAUUUUAGUUAUGAUUGAAUUACAUUAACUGAAAUGUUAUUAAACGAUUGUACUCAGUUCUGACGAAUACAAAAUAAAGCAUUUCACCGGCGGCGGAAAAGAAUGACAGAAGAAAAGAGAAAGCGGAACAUAUCAGAAGUGAACUCUCUAGCCUACGAUGAUUUCAUUGCGAUAUUUGGUAAUGUAGUAGAGCACUGUGCGCUCUGCGCAGCGGUAGUGUGGGGAGACAGACCAUUCCGAAACUACGGAGAAAUGCAGUCAAAAUUUAAUGAAUUUAUAGAACAGCUUCCUCUGUCAGGUAAAUCUGGAGUUCUUCGACUUUACCCGGACCUUGCCGGUAAACUUGCACAGUCGAACAGUCUUACAUCUGAAUCCACAAGAGAACAUGCUAGUGCCGGGCUAGAUAAAAUGACGGAGGAGGAGAGAGAGAAAAUGUCGAAGUUGAAUACGAAAUACAGGGAGAAGUUUGGUUUUCCUUUUGUUAUAUGCGCUAGAGAAAACAAAAAGGAAGCCAUUUUGUUUGGUUUGGAAAGAAGACUCAAUAAUUCUGUCGAAGUAGAGGCAAAUACAGGCACAAAUGAAGUGAAGAAGAUAUGCAAUCUUAGGUUAAAGGAUCUAGUGGACGAACACUCUGUGGCUAAAUUGUGAUUGCAGAAAAAGCUAGUUGGAUGUUUAUUACUUACAUACACUGAGUAACGUAAUUACCUGUGUCAUAUUUAGAGAUUUUUAUUGAAAGACAAUCUGAGAGUACUUUUAAGUAUGUCAUAAUGUUUCUAACAGAAACCGAAUAGAAUGAUUAAUAAGGUGAUUGGAAAAUUAAAUAUGAAAGUUUU